AUGUACUGGCAAUUUGGUGAAAAAACGGUCAGAAACUGGGUCUUGGUCGUGAAAAGGUUCAAAUCGUGUAACGCGUGCGGAAUUCGGUUGCAGAGCCAAAACCCGGCCAAAAUUGGGUACUACACGGCACCCAAAACACCGCUACGAUCAGCCCAGACCGCUCAUCAGCGAGAUUUGAAGGAAUUAAAAUAUCUGCUUUUUAGCCAGGCUAUCCCGGGUCUGCGGCAACAACAGCAGCCAGCGGAGCACAAGAAAAUCCCAUUAGUCUGCAAACGGUGCAGCGAUGCUUUGUAUCACAACAGCUACGAUUCCCACGGGUUCCGGCGUUUUUCCGCUCGGGAAGUGGACCAAUUUGUGCCACGGGAUGCCAAUGUGUUCCAUGUAGUGUCCCUUGCCCAAUUCCCAUUCCAUUUUGACCCCAGUUUGUUCGCCCAAAAAAAUAACGGCAUCAACUGUACCACUUUGCUGCUAUCCAAGGGCGACCUCAUCACCCCAGAUAAAGGCUUUUUGCAGCGCAAAGCGCCCGUUUUUUUCGCAGAUUUUCUGCGUAUCAAACUGGCUCAAGCUGCAACCAAAGUCGUGGCUUUCUCAGCAACCCAAAAAUGGAACGUUCAAAGCGUCUAUUCCGUGCUUCGACAAAACUCGUAUUUGCUUGGUAGCCCCAACUCCGGGAAAUCGACUUUAAUAAACGCACUUUUAAACAGAUACGGAGGACGCAAGGAAGAUGACAUUGCUGGCGUCGAGGGCAAGACCGUUAAUACGCAAGGCGCUGGUGUAUCGCAUCUCCCGAAUAUGACUCGCAAUUUGCAAGCAUACUCUAUUGGCGACAAGACUGUGAACGAUCUACCAGGGUUCAGCUCAGACACGCAAAAUGUAUCUCUAGAUGCUAUCAUCGAACCCAAAGUUUUGGAAAGAAUUCGGAAAACGCAUCUUUUUACGAAAUCAAAACUGGUCAAACAAUCCUACGCAUCGCUUAAGGGCAGCGUUCAUGGCCGCUGCUAUACCGUGAGUGGCUUGUUUUAUCUAGUCCCGCCUGCCGGUACGAUCAACCAAGUUGUCAACUUUAUUCCGGGCAACGAAAAACAAUAUCAUAACGUUGACAAAGCACUAUCAGUAGCAUCUCGCGAGCUUAAAUCUGACACUGGUGCCGCUAAGCAGUAUGUUGGUGUCACCGAAGAUUUGGCUUCCAAGGGAAACUUUGUUCGUCACAUUUUACCACCAUUUCAGGGAACCGUAGAGGUGGUGCUCAAGGACAUUGGUCAUUUUCAAUUGAAAUCAACUGGAAGGUACGAGUUUAAAGGCCUGUACGAAAUUUGGGUACCGAAAGCAAUUGAUGUUUGCAUUCGCGAACCUUUAGAACGCUUAAUUGAAAACGGAUACGAGACGCAUCUUCAGUCGAGGGGCAAAAUAUCAUCCUUCCCACAGAAACGUCCUGUUUUCAGCUCGACUUAUCCCUUGGAGGUCGAAGAGAGUGCAGCGUUGUCGCGAUUACGAGAUCUGUACUUGGAACGGACUAAAAAUGAUAUUAUGAACAGACGUUACCUAAGUGAAGAUCCAGAACAAGUUGUAGCCCACCUUCGAUCUGAGCCACCAAAUUUGUAUUGGUAUUACAAUUGGUGA